AAGACAAAACAUACGUCGCUACAGCUUUUGCACUUUUGCAUCGUGCAUCAAAUCUGUCAAUGUCGUAUAUUCUUUUUCUUUCUUUAAAGUAUAUAAAAUGAGACACUUUGUGCGAAUUUUCUUCAUUGGAUAAGUGAUUGAACAAGGUAUAGAGAACAGCUAAGUUGACUAAAUAUCGAUUCUCACUGGAAUAAUACUUGACGUAACAAAAUGAUGCAUUCAAUACACUUCCUUACGAUCGUAGCGUGCUUUACAGCGGCCGUUAAUGCAACUUCAUUCAAGUCAUUGUCAACUCUAAACGAAACCUGUAUAGAUGAUGCGGACUGUAAUGGAACAAUGAUGUGUUUGCGACCAGGUUUCCGGAGGCCGACACAAGCGAUGAAAUACUGUUUUCAAUGUAACUGCACAAUGUUUGAACAAUGUAAACUGAUUUGUGAUAUUGAAAACGAAAGAAUGAUCUAUUGUGACUGCACUGGAACAGGAUUCACUGGGCAAUUUUGUGAAAAAAAUAUUGACGACUGUGACGAAAGUUAUUGUUUAAAUGGCGGUACAUGUAUUGAUGGGGUGAAAAAUUACACAUGUGCUUGUCCACCUGGUUUCACUGGUAGACAUUGCGAAAUUGUUGUGGCGCCGUGUGAAACAGAAACAUCGGAACCAUGCACGACAUUUGAUAAAGGUUCUUACACUCUUUAUGGAGAUGCAACAUCAAAAUGCAUUUCAUCGCCAGGCUACCCAACCAUAUGGUAUUGUAGAGGACUCCAAUUAACAUGGAACAUAUUUUGUCCGCCUGGACAAAGAGUCCGAGUGUUUUUUGUUGACUUUGUUGUAGAAGAUACUUAUGACACUGUCCGCUUAUCAAAUGGUGUAUGCCAAGGUUUUAGAUGUCCAGAUGAUAUCCUAGUUUUAUAUGGAAAUGCUGAUCCAACAUAUGCUUUUAUCAAUAAUCGUAGGUUUUACUUUGUGCAGAAAACAUAUGAUGCCAUACAAGUACCGUAUUUCUCUACUGGCAAUGCCCUAACCUUGUAUUUUGAAACAUCCGUUUUUGGCGGUCAGGGAAAAGGCUUCAAUGCGGAGUACAAGUGUGUGCCGUAAAUAUACAGCACAGAUAUGAUUUGAGGGACACUUAAUUAUUACUGGUUUUAACAUAAACAUGUUUCAACAUUUAUUAUGACUUGUGUAAAAUGAGAAUUUUUGGGGACUUAUUUUUGCUUGGUUUCUUCUCUGUAUAUAUAUAUAUGGGACUGUAAUGUAGAAUGAAUUAUGUAUACUUAUGUAUGUAUUGUAUGUAUUUAAAUGGAACACGUAUGUAAUACCUUCAAAUAAAGUGGUUGUUUUAAUA